CCCGGUAUUAUAGUUACUGCUUUGCUUGAGCUGCAGUUGAAGAGGUGGUAGUUAACUGCUGAGGGAUGGGGGUUAGAAAAGCGUGCACCAUCCGACUACCUGUGUGGGAUAUAUGAUGUGCUGUGUGUUAGUUUGAACAUUUAUCCAAAGGAGGGAUGUUUCAUAAUUUCAUGGACACGGCCAAUGUUGCGACUUUCACUGAUAACAUGAAACGAGGCAUUGCAAGUGCCAACAACUCUGUUAUGUGAGGAUGGCUUUGUAAAAACCCUGGCUCUUCACAUUCGUCGGGAUUCCCCGCAAUAUUCUCAACAAGAAAACAAAUCCGCAAAAAUGGACAAUGAAAGUGUAGCACAAAGAUACGAGCCCGUCGCCGAGAUUGGCGAAGGUGCUUACGGAAAGGUGUACAAGGCACGAGAUUUGAAGAACGCGGGACGCUUUGUAGCCCUAAAAAGAGUUCGGGUACAGACGGAGGAGGAAGGGAUGCCCCUCUCGACCAUCCGUGAGGUGGCGGUACUGAGGCAACUGGAGGCAUUCGAACACCCCAACGUGGUCAGACUGUUCGAUGUGUGUACUGUGUCUCGGACCGACCGCGAGACCAAGCUGACCCUGGUCUUUGAGCAUGUUGACCAGGACCUGACCACAUACCUAGAGAAAGCCCCUGAUCCUGGGGUGCCACCUGAAACUAUCAAGGAUAUGAUGUACCAGCUGCUGCAGGGGUUGGACUUCCUGCACUCACACCGUGUGGUUCACCGGGACCUGAAACCCCAGAACAUCCUGGUCACCAGUGGAGGACAGAUAAAACUGGCCGACUUCGGUCUUGCCAGAAUAUACAGCUUUCAGAUGGCCCUGACCUCCGUGGUGGUGACGUUGUGGUACAGAGCCCCAGAGGUGUUGCUCCAGUCCAGCUAUGCCACCCCAGUUGACCUGUGGAGUGUGGGCUGUAUCUUCGCUGAGAUGUUCAGGAGAAGACCUUUGUUUAGAGGAAGCUCAGAUGUUGAUCAGCUGGGCAAGAUUUUUGAUGUGGUCGGGGUUCCCUCGGUGGAGGACUGGCCCCAGGAAGUUGCCCUACCACAGAGUGCCUUCUCUCCACGACCCCCUCAGCCAAUCGGAAACCUCAUUCCUGACAUGGACGAGCUGGGGAAGUCCCUUAUACUGCAAUUCCUGGCAUUCAAUCCCGCCAAAAGGAUAUCAGCGUUUGCUGCUCUGACCCACCCCUACUUCCAGAGUGUGGAUAGUGACAGUAAGAGUGUGUACGCUCAGCCCAUUGCCAGCAACAAGCCCACCAUGGAGGAGAGCGCUGCCUGACAGCCCCCCGUCCCAGGACAAGAGAGAGAGAGAGCGAGAGAGAUGGACACAAAGACAGAGAAAGAGAGCAACAGACAGACAUUUGAUUCUAAAAUGCAACAGUGCUGUCUUCCACAAUGUACUGAUUUGAAUGCUGCUUUUUAGGAUAAUUUUUUUUAAAUAAAAAAAUGUAAACAGUGCAAGGACCCUUAAAGCUGAGAUAUACUGCCACCAGGGGAGAACCUCUGGAUGUCCAGGAGCUGCUGCCUCUUGUCUCUUCUGCCUUAGCCUGAGAAGAGGCUCCUCAGUGAGGGAACACCAAGCACCAAGGGUAGGUCGGCAUGGAUCUCACCUGGAGCUCAUCUCCACGACUGAACUGAGAGAGAGGACACACACACAUAUGUUUAUCCCAUGCAGGAGGACCUCACACUGCCUAGCGCUGCUUAUGGUCCAAACAUACAUUUGUGUUUUUAUAUCACUGCCAUCUACAGGUAGUCCUCUGUUACUGCAGGCUGGAGCAGGAUUCUGAUGGGCUUCAGUUUAAAAGACUUUGACUGGUGCGAAUGAAGCACUCCACGGAACAACUGAAAAUGGAUCACUUUGAGUUCUUCUUAUGGCAUCCAUACUUCAGUGUCAUAAAGUGAGAUGAAAUCUGAUGGACACCAUUCAAGAGCCUAUGUGUUACUCUUUCUGAUGACCUGAUCAAUCAAUCAAAUGUAUUUCUAAAGCCCUUUUUACAUCAGCUGAUGUCACAAAGUGCUGUACAGAAACCCAGCCUAAAACCCCAAACAGCAAGCAAUGCAGAUGUAGAAGCACGGUGGCUAGGAAAAACUCAAUAGAAAGGCAGGAACCUAGGAAGAAACCUAGAGAGGAACUGAGGGGUGGCCAGUCCUCUUCUGACUGUUCCGAGUGGAGGUUAUAAGAGUACAUGGCCAUUUAAGGCCAGAUUGUUCUUCAAGAUGUAUAAACGUUCAUAGAUGACCCGCAGGGUCAAAUAAUAAUUACUGGUUGUAGAGGGUGCAACAGGUCAGUACCUCAGGAAUAAAUGUCAGUUGGCUUUUCAUAGCCAAGCAUUCAGAGGUCGAGACAACAGGUGCGGUAGAGAGAGAGAGUCAAAAACAGCAGGUCCGGGACAAGGUAGCACGUCCGGUGAACAGGUCAGUGUUCCCUAUUCUCAGGCAGAAGAGUUGAAACUGGAGCAGCAGCACGACCAGGUGGACUGGGGACACCAAGGAGUCAUCAGGCCAGGUUGUCCUGAGGCAUGGUCCUAGGGCUCAGGCCCUCCAGGAAGGGAGAGAGAGAGAAUUAGAGGGAGCAUACUUAGAUUCACACAGGACACCUAAUAAGACAGGAUAAUUACACAAAAUAGGACAGACUGACCCUAGCCGCCGGCACAUAGACUAUUGCAGCAUAAAUACUGGAGGCUGAAUGGGGGGGGGGCACUGUGGCCCGUCCGACGAUACCCCCGGACAGGGCCAACCAGGCAGGAUAUAACCCCACCCAUUUUGCCAAAGCACAGCCCCCAAACCUUUACAGCUAUAUCAACAGACCACCAAUUUACUACCCUGAGACAAGGCUGAGUAUAGCCCACGAAGAUCUCCUCCACUUCACAAGCCGAGGGGGUGCAAAACCGGACAGGAAGAUCACGUCAGUGACUCAACCCACUCAAAUGACGCACCACUCCUAGGGACGACAUGGAAGAGCACCAGUAAGCCUGUGACUCAGCCCCUGUAAUAGGGUCAGAGGCAGAGAAUCCCAGUGGAGAGAGGGGAGCCAGCCAGGCAGAGCCAGCAAGGGCGGUCCGUCGCUCCUGUGCCUUGUUCACCUUCUCACCCCUGGGUCAGACAACACUCAAUCAUAGUACCUACUGUAGAGAUAGAUGAGUCUUCAGUAAAGACAAAGGUUGAGACCGAGUCUGCUUCUCUCACAUGGAUAGGCAGACUAUUCCCUUUGCUCUGUAGGAGAAAGCCCUGCCUCCAGCUAUUUUCUUAGAAAUUCUACGGACAAUAAGGAGGCCUGUGUCUUGUGACCGUAGCGUACGUGUAGGUAUGUACGGCAGGAUCAAAUCUGAGAGAUAGGUAGGAGCAAACCCAUGUAAUGAUUUGUAGGUUAGCAGUAAAACCUUGAAAUCAGCCCUAGCCUUCUCAGGAAGCCAGUGUAGAGAGGCUAGCACUGGAGUAAUAUGAUCAAAUGUUUUAAUUCUAGUCAUUCUAGGAUUCUAGCAGCCAUGUUUAGCACUAGCUGAAGUUUAUUUAGUGCUUUAUCCGGGUAGCCGGAGAGUAGAGCCUUGCAGUAGUCUAAUCUAAAAUCAUUUUUGGACAAAAAGUUUCUGAUUUUUGUAAUGUUACAAAGACGGAAAAAAAGCUGUCCUUGAAAUAUUCUUGAUAUGUUCGUCCUUCACAGUUUUAUUUGAGACGACUAUACAACUAUCAAGCUUAUUUGUCAGAUCCAACAGCAGAUCUCUUUGUUUUGUCCGGGUUUAAAAUAAUUUGCCGCCAUACACUUCCUUAUGUCUGAAACACUGGCUUCCAGAGUAGGCAAUUUUGGGGCUUCACCAUGUUUAAUCGAAAUGUACAGCUGUGUGUCGUCCGCAUAGCACCAACAGGUAGAAUAUAUAGUGAAAACAAUAGUGGUCCUAAAACAGAACCUUGAGGAAUGCCGAAACGUACAAUUUAUUUGUCAGAGGACAAACCAUCCACAGAGACAAACUGAUAUCUUUCCGAAAUAAAAUGACCUGAUGACCUGAUA